UAACGUCUCCCCCUCCUCUCAUUGUUUCUGUCCCAGUGAAACCAGUAGAGAUGUCCCAGCAGCACCAGUAGUGACGCCGUAGUGUUUGGUGGGCGGAGCUUCAGGAUGGAGAUCCUGGUGGCGAAGCUGCUCGGCCUGCUCGGAUUGUUCGGCCUGAUGCUGGCGGGCGUGCUGGUCCCAGUGCGCCUCCUGCUGGUCGACUACGACAAAGCGAACAGAUACAGGAGAGCGCUGUCUCUCUGCAACUCGUUUGGAGGAGGCGUGUUCCUCGCUACCUGCUUCAACGCCCUGCUGCCCGCCGUCAGAGACAAGGUGUCCGACGUCUUCCAGCAGCUGAAGAUCAGCAGCGACUUCCCGCUGGCCGAGACCAUGAUGAUGCUCGGCUUCUUCCUCACCGUGUUCGUGGAGCAGACCGUCCUGACCUUCAGGAAGGAGAAACCGUCCUUCAUCGACCUGGAGACCUUCAAUGCCGGCGGCUCCGAGGCCGGGAGCGACUCCGAGUACGACACGCCCUUUAUCUCGUCAGCGCGAAGGUCAGAGGACAGGCGCCACUCUCACGGUCACCAGCACGGACACUUCAGCCCCGCGGAGCUGGCGGGGGCGGGGCCUCUGCGGCUGGCGAGCCUGGUCCUCGCUCUGUCGGCUCACUCCGUGUUCGAGGGUUUGGCGCUCGGCCUGCAGGAGGACGGCGCCAAGCUGAGCAGCCUCUUCCUGGGCGUGGCCGUGCACGAGACGCUGGCCGCCGUUGCCCUCGGAGUGAGCGUGGCUAAGGCGUCGCUCGGCAUGAAGGACGCCGCCAAGCUGGGCGUGACGGUGAGCCUGAUGAUUCCUCUGGGGAUAGUGGUGGGGAUGGGCAUCGAGUCGGCGCAGACGCUGGCGGGCAGCGUGGUGUCGGUCGUGCUGCAGGGGCUCGCCGCCGGAACCUUCCUGUUCGUCACCUUCUUUGAGAUUCUGUCCCGAGAGCUGGAGGGCAAACAGGACCGGCUGCUCAAAGUACUCUUCCUCAUCCUCGGAUACGCAGUGCUCGCCGCACUCGUCUUCAUCAAGUGGUGACACACAGGAAGUGCACACGCGCACAGCAAU